AUGGAUGUGCAUGUGGAUACCCAACAACAACAAGAACAACCCCUUUUGGAAAACUCGCCACAAAAAAUUCCCAAAACAACAACACAAAAGACAAUAAGAAAAGCAUUCAAAGGCACUGCAUAUUUGGCCAAUCUUCUUCCAACAGGAACCGUUCUAAUAUUCCAAACUCUAUCACCAGCCUUGACACACAGAGGCAAUUGUCAUACACAAACAAGCAAAAUAAUGACAAUGAUUUUCUUAACAUUUUGUAGCCUCUCAUGUUUUCUUCUAUCAUUCACUGAUAGUUUUAGGGAUGAAAGAGGAAAAGUUAGAUAUGGUGUUGCUACAUUGAAUGGUAUUUGGAUAAUGGAUGGACGAAUUAGGAUUCCAGCUGAAGAGGGGGUUAAAUAUAAGUUAAGGUUUAUUGAUUUGUUCCAUGCAUGUGGGUCUAUAUUGGUUUUUGGUGCAAUUGCAAUGUUUGAUCAAAGUGUGGUUUCAUGCUUGGCUCCAAAACCUUCUGAAGAGGCUAAGGAGCUUUUGGUAGCAUUGCCAAUUGGAAUUGGAAUUUUGUGUAGUGUUUUGUUUCUUUUAUUUCCUACACAAAGACAUGGGAUUGGCUUCCCUCUCUCACGUAAUUAA